CUUGCUCUGGUGUUUAAAUACAUUAUAUGUCGCUUUUAUUCAUAUUUUACAUUCGGGCUUUUCUAACAGCGAGUUAACUUUGAGCUACUUUAUCAUGAAAAGCAACAUGUCGCGUUGACAUAAAGCGAGAACAUCUCUUUAAACAGUUAUUAGAAAUUACUUUAAGCAGUAUAGUCAUUUGGUCAUUAUCAACAUGUCUUACUUGGAGUGGGCUGAGUGUCAGCUUGCAGAGAUUGAGCUGUUGACCAGCAUGUUCCCCACUCUGGAGGAGCUGGAGUUCAUAGACCAGCUGGCACUAGCUGAGCUCAGGGACUACGUGGAGGUGUCAGCCUCAGCAGACAGCCCUCCUCCCUCCAGACCUCAGUUUCUCAUCAAACACAAGCUGGACACUGAACACACGGGAAGGGCAGAUGUCAUUUUAUCCUGCGCCUAUCCAUCUGAAUAUCCCAGUGUGAUGCCAGAAAUAACUGUCCGGUGUGCUGGUCUCAGCCGGGCCCAGCAGACGCAGCUUCACGCAGAUCUCAAUGCAUACCUCAUGGAGAACUGCCAGGGGGAAGUAUGUGUGCUCUCUGCUGUGGACUGGGUGAAAGACAACCUGCAGGUCUUCAUUAAUAAGAGCUCAUCAGCAACACCGGCUCCCAAGAGAGAGUCUGCCUCUCCACGGCCACAGGAAGUGUUCAGUCGACUGUGGAUUUACAGUCACCACAUCUACAACAAAACCAAGAGGAAGAAUAUUUUGGAGUGGUCAAAGGAGCUGGGCUUGUCCGGAUUUAGCAUGCCUGGAAAGCCUGGUAUUGUGUGUGUGGAGGGUCUUCAAUCUGCCUGCGAGGAAUUCUGGUCCAGAGUGAAGGUUCUGACAUGGAAGAAGAUCAUGAUUCGACAUAGAGAGGAUAUUCCCCUUGAUCAUCAGGACGAGGACAGAGGGACUGUUCAAAGUAUAGACUCCCUGCGCAAAUUCACAGGCUUUGAAGAGGCAAUGUUUGACCCCCAUGGGAACAGGGGUAAUCACAUGGACCUUGGACUGCUCUACCAGUUCUUAAAUGAGAAAGGCUGUUGUGAUGUCUUUCAGAUAUAUUUUGGCAUCGAAGGCAGGUAGUAGUCAGACCUAGACAAUUAUCAUGUGCAGGUAUUUGAGUUGUGCCUUGACACUGAAGUAAUUUCUCCUAAAAUAAGUGUCAACUGAAAAAUGGAAAUGCAUUUACAGUUUUUUUUUGUUUGUUUGAUUUUUUGGAAAACAAAUGGAUUGUGAACACGCGGGCACAAGAACUUAAUAAACUGAAAUAAAUGAACCCCAUUUUUAGGGAUGUCACACUGUCGUUACAAUGCACCUGGGACAUCAUUGGAAUAAAAGGCAGAAGAAACUGUAAUUUGAAAAACAGAGUUUUUUGCAUUUACAGUAACAGGUAAUUGCCAUAUUUUUCAGACGAAUCAUUCAGAAGAUGUUCAUUGGAGAGUUUUCUCAAGGACCCCAGUUAUAUUUGCAAUUGUAAUGAUGCUGCAUGUGCUGCAGAUUACACCUUGCCCUAGGUGUUUCUUUCCUGUAGUGGUACCUCUGUGUAUUACUAUCAGACUAUUAUAGGGUUUUCAGAUCUGAUACCAUAUAAUAAUUGGACAACAUAGUCAACAAUAUGCUGCUUAUCUGUUUAUGAAAUCGUUUGAUUUUCUUUUUAUAAAUUAUAGAUAACAUGGCCAUGGAAAGUCUUUUUCUAAUUUUCUUUGAAUCCUUUGUUAGUUAAAUUGUGAAUUGUGGAUCACACUCCAGCAUUAACGCUUGUGGUUAUUCAUCAUGAAUUGUAUUUUUAGUCUCUUAAGACUGAGAUGGAAUAAUGAAAAUUUAAAACAUUCAUAUAGAUUUCUGUAUUGAUUUUGAACCUCAAGGGUUCUUAGAAAAUGUAAUUAUACUGUAUUAAAUAUAAGGUAUUGAUGUUGAUGUGAUGUUGAUGUGAUUUUCAGCAUGAUGUACCUCAUGUACACUGUUUGAAAGGCCAGUAUCAAUUUAUAGCAUUUUUGUUGCAUAUUACAAGAUAAUACGAUUGGGGGAAGUCAUACACUUUAUGCUUUCUAAUUCUGUAUAAUUACAGAAUCACCAGGAAGAUAUUCUCUUCAAAGGAAUUUGAACCUUUAGUGAGUAUUACACACUACAUUUUGUUAAAUAUUAACUGAAACUGAUAAAAACCACUAUAUUGUACUUUUUAUUACUGCCUUUUCAGAAGUACUUUGGUACUAGGGCUGUACUUGACAACCUGAGGCUGUCCUGCCUAGCUAAGAACGAUUAGGAUUAGGAUUAAUAGGAAAUCAAAAAAAUGCACAUCUGGAUGAACAAAAGUAAUGAGUAGUUACAUACAUUGAACUGGGUUUACUUGCAAAUAGUGUACAUUGCCCAGCAGAGGGCAGUAUUUUAUAACCAAAGUUGGAAAAUGUGGCAGCCUUUGAAUUUAUCUGAUUUUGGGAUGUUAACCUGUUCAAACCAAAUGGCAUAAAUAAUGUGCAUUCAAAGGACGUAUUAACCUGAAAUAAUGCUGAUAAUGAUUUGGUUCAAACAAUUUCAGCUGUCAUAACAACUGUCAUGUGUAAUAUAUGACUGUCAUAAAUAAA